AUGUUAAACACAUUCUUAUUCUACUACUACCUCAUUCACAUCCCCAUCACAAUUCUAAUCGAUGCAUCAGUAAUCAUCCCCACAAAAUACCACACUUUGUUGACAACAACACUACUCGAGUUCCACACAUCACAAAACAACGAUAUCCUCCUCCUCCAUCCACAAACAUGGUUCAAAACCUUUAUCGCCAUUGAAUGUUUUGUGCAGCUACCUUUGUUUUGCUAUUUUGUUGCUCAACAUUUACGUCAUCAAUUGGAUGUGGGGUAUUACUUGUGGUCAGUGAUUUAUGGAUUCAAUGCUAGUUUUACCACUUUCGUGUGUUUGGUGCAUAUAAUUGUUGAUGGAAAUGGAGUCGAAUUUGGAUUGAGUCAAUCGGAGACUAUCAAAUUAUGUGGCAUAUAUUUGCCAUACUUGAUUAUACCGUUGAUCAUAUUGAUUAAUGGGUUUAACCACAUUAUGAAGGGAGAUUACAAGGUCAAGAAAGAUUAA